GACUUGUCUCUUUAAGUCCUCACCCCUCUUUUUGUAAUUUCACUUUCUUCUUCUUCUUCUUUGUUCAUUUUGAGAUAGAUGAAUCAUAAAGUGCAGAUAGCUAUUACUCAACUCCAUUUCCACAGACUACUAGAUUAGACGAUGGUGAGAAGUGAGAACAAUCAAAGAAACCGAUACUUGUUCUGAGAAAGGAUGCAAAACGAGCUAUGGUUUACACUGCUAAUGAUCUACUUAAUUGGAAAGAUUUCCCCAAAGGUCUCAGGGUUCUCCUCCUCCUCGAUCAAGAAGAAGAAGAAGAAAAUACGGAUUCCACUUCUCAAAUAAGAUCCAAGCUCGAGGAAAUGGAUUACAUUGUUACCACUUUCUUCAAUGAAGACGAAGCUUUCUCAGCAAUUUCUAACCAGACGGAGAUCUUCCACGUUGCUAUUGUUGAGGUUACCGUUGGUAAUAGCCAUGGAAGACUCAAGUUUCUUGAGGUUGCUAAAGACUUGCCUACCAUAAUGACUUCAAGUUCGCAUUGCCUGAACACGAUGAUGAAAUGCAUAGCGCUUGGAGCGGUUGAGUUUCUUCAAAAACCACUUUCAGAGGAUAAAUUAAGAAACAUAUGGCAGCAUGUAGCUCAUAAGGCGUUUAAUGCAGGAAAAGAAGAAACCACCCCUGAAUCCGAAGCUGUACUUCAUCUCCGGUUAGUGGAGGAGGACUCCGAUCAAACUACCCAAUUAGAACCAACUCCUUCAACCACUGCCAAGGAGGAUAAGUACCCGGCUCCAUCCACUCCUCAGCUAAAACAAACCGGGCGAUUUCUCGACGAUGGAGACUAUCAUGAUCAAACUCACGAGAAAGAAGGAGACGGCGAAUCCAAAUCUGUCGACACCACCAUGACCGAAACAGAACCAGAAACAGAACAUAAAACAACAACAGACAAUGAUACUCUCAAAGAAGAGGGUGAACCGCCAGAUGAGUUAGGAGGGGACCAAGAAGCGGAUAAGAUAUCUGCUCUUUGUCCGCCGCCUCCUCCUCGUAGUAACAAAUUGAGCAAGAAGAAAACAAAGAUUGAUUGGACGUCGGACCUGCACAAGAAGUUCGUGAAGGCGGUAGAGCAGCUUGGCGUGGAUCAAGCCAUUCCUUCUCGAAUACUCGAACUUAUGAGAGUCGAAGGAUUGACUAGACAUAACAUUGCUAGUCAUCUCCAGAAAUACAGAAUGCAUAGAAGACAUAUUCUACCAAAGGAUGACAUUAAUACUCGAAAGUGGCAUCAUCAUCCUAAUCAUCACAAUAUUAAAGAUCCAUCCUCGUCUUUUCAAAGAAAUCACCAAUCGGUUAAGCCAGUCGUCGCGUACCCUUUGUAUCACCCACAUUCAAUUUAUCAUCAUCCAAAUUGGGCGAGUCCCAAUGGUUAUUCAACUAAUACCGCCGCCCCUAUGUGGGGUUCGCCGGCUGGUUACUAUCCUCCUCCCUGGCAGCACCAGCCCACACCGUACCCUGGGGUUCAUGCGGAUGCAUGGGGUUGUCCAAUUGGGCCAACAUCUCACGGGCAAUAUCCUGUUGUCCCUCAAAUCGGAAUGGGUUUUCGAAGUAAUAAUGCGAUGAAUGGAUGCUACAUUGUUCCUAAGAAAGUAGCAGACUUCUUUCCGACAGAUGAGAUUAUUGAUCAAGUUAUGGAAGAAGCAAUAAACAAGCCAUGGCUGCCUCUUCCCAUAGGCUUAAACCCUCCUUCAACAGAAAGCGUUCUAAUGGAGCUCUCAAAGCAAGGUAUCUCCGGCGUCGCUCCGCCGCACCAUAUCAAGCGCCGCCGCUGAAUUCCGGCCACCGGCAAAGGGCGGGCAUUAUCGGCACGGCAAGAUCUGACUUUGUUCGUUCGUACAACGUAAAGUUUCUCUGAAAGAGUCAGAGAUUUUCCAUGAUAGAGAAUCGGCCACGUGUGUGUGAUUUUCUCUCUCUUUGUCUUUACUGAAAAUGAUAAGACGUUUUGGUCGUAAAUACUUUCUCUCUCUCUCCUUAUCUUUUUGCUGGUGCCUUAUCUUAGUAUAAGUGGGGCCCCCUCCCUCUCUCUCUCUCACCUAUUUUUGGUGAAACAUUUAAUAAAGCAAAUUAUAAUUUCAUUUCAAAUUGUCAAUUUUAUUAUGAUAGUUUUCACUAUUUAUUUUUGGAUC